AUGGCACUUCUGGCCCUCGCCUCCGUGGCAAACCUUGGUGUACUGCUUGGGUCUCGCCAGCAGCCUGGGGAGUUAUGCAGCAGCAAAUACUCUGAAGCUGUUGAGAAGUGGAGGUUGCUCUCGCGCUUCCCUACCGAGUAUUCCCCGAGAGAUCACCGACCGGACUGGUACUGGGAAUUUCUUCUGGAAGGACAGCAGAAGGGGAGGCCCAGCACGGAUCGAAUUGCAAACCUGCAAAUGGAUGACAUCGGCUAUGGCGACCAAUGGCUCGAGGUAUUGUUCGGGCAGGCCCAGGAGGGAGUUGUAGGGUGCUUCGUCCAUGGUGGCCGGUAUUGGGAAGUCACAAUGGACUUGGCUCAACUACUCGAUCUCCUGCCCGAAGCAAAUCGGUCUCUCUUUUUGGAAGGCGUCUGCAGGAUGUUACCGCCAGCUGCUAGAGCUUCAACUCUAGCUGGAUUCCUGCCAUCCAGCUUAAGACUUUCGAUGUGUACGCCUCAUGACUGCACUCCGGAAUGGAUUACAAGAAUACUGAUUCCAGAAUUUGAGGCAGGCAAGAUGUUUGGAUCACCAGCUGCAAGCUUGCUCACGGGCAUUUUUCUCCAAGAUGUAGUGAAUGUUCAGGAAGUUUUGAACUGGCCUUCUUUACAUUUGGACUUUGCAAUUGCGGGUGUUGACAACUGCGGCACUACAUCAUUGCACAGAAACCUGGAGCAGCAUCCCGAGAUUGCAUUCUCCAGCAGCGAGGAAGACUUUUUCUUCGUGUCUGACGUUGUACACCGACUCUUGCCGCUGAGAUCGCAGGUGGAGGAGUUCAACCGUCGAAUAGCCCUGGCCAAGGAUAAGAAGUGGCAGGAGACAUCGCAGUUUGUGUCAUGA